UGGGGGUGAAGUGACAGCGGGAGCUGCCGCCGGCUGAGGGAGGAACAGCGCCGGGCACCCGCCGAGCCCGAGGGCUCUGGGCCGCUACCAGUGAGCCGCUGAGGGAGAGAAGGAGGGAGGGAGGAAGAUGCGCUGAGCCGGUCGCUGAAAGGUACUGCUAUGUGGAUAUUUGUUAGCAAUGACUGAUGUGGAAUCUACAUAUGCAGACUUUAUUGCUUCAGGAAGAACAGGUAGAAGAAAUGCAUUACAUGACAUCCUUGUGUCCUCUCCAGGUGGGAACUCUAGUGAACUAGCCUUAAAGUUAUCAGAGCUUGAUAUAAACAAAACAGAAGGAGAAGGAGAUGCACAACGAAAUCCAAGUGAGCAAACUGGGGAGGCCCAAGGGGAGGCAGCAAAGCAAGAAAGCUGACAUCCGACUUUGACCGAAUGGAGCAGCUGCUGGAUGUUUUCAGGCUACAAGAGUGUGCUGGAACAAAUUUGUUUCCAUGAGCAAGCUGGUAGAAAAGAAAGUGCAUGUGUCUUCACUGCUGGAACCCACUCAACACAAUGCUAAAAAUCUGGGUACAAGCUGUGACAGAAGACAGAAUUUUCUCUACCUCUGUCAUUAGCAAUGGUUGAACAUGUAUUGAUUUUUUGGGAUAGUGUCAUCAGAUGGAUCCCUUCAUAAUGGCUACUCGAUGGGAACACUUUUAGAAAGUAGAACAGGUAAAUCUUGUAGCAAAUGGCCUUUGAAGCAUCAGAGGAUCUAAUUGUGUAUCUUAAGCAAAGGCUUGUGUGAUCCUCAGAGUUUAAAAUUCUCUGGCCAAAGUGUUUGCCCAUUAUAAGAACUGUAAAGAAAGCACUGUUUUUAGAACUUUGCAUCUGUUUUACAGCUCUGUUAUUUACAAUGGUUUUUGUAUUGUACAACUUAGAUGCUCCACACUGCCCUUUCUCAACUGCUUAUGAAGAAUAUUUCUGUUACUGUGAAUUUUUCUACCACACGUUUUGAAAGGGCUGGUUUUGUGCAUAAGGUGGUGAUGUGCACAUGAUAGAUCUAAACGUCAUCCGCUCAAUUGAUUAUGCCUAAACCUAAAUGACUCAGCAACACUCUAAUUUGUUACUAGAUGAGCCUUCAAAACGAUUUGUUAAUGUGAAUACUUGAGCGUGUGUUGUGUCCUUGGUACAGUUUUGCCACUCGCCUGUAGUUAGUUGCAUAUCAGAGACUCAAAUUGAAUCUUUUAUGUUAUUCUUCCCCAUUUUUCUAAUUUUGGUCCCAAUUUCUUAAUCUUCCUCUGAGAUAUUUUUUUAAAAUGUUAUUCCAAGUAUUUUAUUGUUAUGGUAGUUUUAAGAAUACAUUUAUAACCUUAUAUGGGUUAAAAUUCAAACUAAUUCCAUGGUGCUAGAGGUUUUCCUGAUUCACAAUGUAAAAGAUAGGCCUUGUUUACACAUGGGAAAAUAACUGGCAUAGGUUAUUGCCAAUUAUGCAUUCUGAAAUGAGUUUUAGAAUGCUGUACAGUCCAGUGAGUGGCUCCCGGGCUGGAUCCAGCAAGGGGUUGGAUUUUUACUAUUCCUCGCCUUUGCCUCAGUUGAUCAGGCUGUUGAGUUUUCACAGCCAGUAGCCUGCUACUGAUGCACCCGAACAGCCAAGUGCUAGAAUCUGCUACAGUAGCCUGGUGGCUUGGAGUUGGAAAGGGAGGUGAGAGACUUGGCAUCUAGCACCCAAAGACUGGAUUUUUUCCCAUUUCAUCUAUUCCAAAAUGACAGUCCAAACUGGGCCUUCAUCAAAAUACCAGGAUAGCUUGUCCAUCCAGGACAUCACUUAAAAUAUCUACAAAUUAAUAACCUGUUCUGCAGUAGCUAUUGCUGAUUGAUUUGUUUUCCCCCCUUGUCCUGCCCCAAUAGACAAGGCCAUUCAUGAGGCUGAAUGCUGCAAAAUGGGGCAGCCACACCUCUGUGUGACUAAGGUGAGUGAAGAGAGUGACUGAUAGUAAACCAUGGCAAUCACACGAGCACCAAUCACAAGGUCAGAAGAUUUGUUUUCUUUUAUUAAUAGGAGGUGAUGUCACUUUAUAUAUAGUAUAUAUAUAUUAUAUAUAUUUUUGUGUUGUUGGUUUCAAAUGUUAUGCACUUUUUAAUGUUUGUAAACUUUUACUAAUGAAUAGUGUGAUUGCUUCCUGAAUAUAUUAAUCAUCAGUUAACAAAACAUCUUUGUGGCCACAGCUGUUUGUUUCUACCAUAUGUAUCAUAGUACUUGUCACCUGAAAAUUUUUUGUGAGAUAUGUGGAGGAAAAAAUACCCACUUCUGAUCAGUAUUAUGAGAUCAAUUAUUAGUGUUAAUAAAAACAAGCCAGCCGUAUGCUUGUGGCUCAUGCGUGUAAUAUUAACUCUCACCUUCUAGUGUUUGGAAGCUGAAUGCCUUGCUGUCUUCUUAGCUGUCAAAUGCCCUAUCUUCUUGGUAAGAGAAGUAGUCCAUUUGCUUUGGAAAUACUGUUAUCCUUAAACAAUUCUAAUUCAUUUGUUUCAUUUGGUAUUCCUUUCAAACUUAACACAUUAUUAUUGACUUUUUUUUUAAUUUUUUCUCCCCCUUUUGUGCUUGCAUCAAGUCUUCAAGAUGAACUGGUUGCCCUUUGUCAUGGACUAGUUACUGUCAAUCUAGCACAAAUGCCAGAAGGAAAUAGGAUUCUAGAGGAUUUUUUAUAGUGUUACUUUAUUGAUGAUCCAUGAAUCAUCAUCAGUAAAAUGUUGCAGAAAAAUGCAAUAGUGAAAUAAGUACUUACAGUAUAUUAAAGUGAUGGUUUUCCUUAUUUUCCUUCACUGCUUUUCUUUAUUUCAGUAUACUUUCCUUCUUAAUUCUUUUGUGUUGUUAAAUAAAAUUAAUUUUAGCCUUUCCUCUC